AUGGUCUGAAAAGAAUACCCUGAGAACAAGGCUUGACUUUAAACAGUUGCGCGGACACGUCGCUUUCACAGGAUUUGCGGAGAUCACAUUGAGGGACAAUCUAUACUGAAUAUUGCUACUUGGGAUUCUGGAGCAAAAUGAGACGAAAUCACAAUUACAGCUGUUCAUCUGAUAGCGAACUUGAUGACAAUAUAGAAGUGGAGAAGGACAGUGGUGACGAAAAUGUAAACCUUGACUCUUCGCAUGACUUGAUGUCACCCCCGAAAACCACUCCAACUCAAGCCAGAAAACGACGCAGAGGAAUUAUUGAGAAACGGCGACGUGACCGAAUCAACAACAGCCUGACUGAUCUCAGAAGACUUGUACCAAGUGCGUUUGAGAAGCAGGGAUCGUCAAAAUUGGAAAAAGCGGAAAUUUUGCAGAUUACUGUAGAUCAUUUGAAGAUGAUACAUGCUGCCAGCGGACAAGGGUAUUUUGAAGCCCACGCCCUGGCCAAGGACUACCGCAGCCUGGGCUUCAGGGAGUGUCUGUCAGAGACGGCCCGCUACCUAAGCAUCAUGGAGGGCUGGAACAGUGUCGACCCACUCCGCGUACGCCUGGUCUCUCACCUCAACAACUACGCCUCUCAGAGAGACAUCCACACUGGAUUGACUGGACACCCUGGACAACUAGCCUGGGGCUCCGCUUUGAGGACACCCUCCGCCCACCUGCCACGCCCCCUCUUACCACUUCCCCAGGGACGGACACUAGCCCACCACAGUACCAGCAGCCCACCCUCCUCCUGCUCCAUCUCCUCCUCCUCCACCUCCUCCUCCAUGUCAUCCCCCUGUUCUACUGAUACCUCAGUGACCUCCAGACUCAGCGUGACGGCCCCCUCCGAGGCACUCAGGGUGCCCCCCAAUGACAAUCUACCCCUGGGGCUGGCCCUGUCAGUCUCAGCCUCCAAGCUCUCCCAACCACUCUCCUCCCUGUCUGCCUUGUCCUUCACUACUUUUCCCCUAGUGUCCCCGGCAGCCCUCAAUUCAUCAGGCUCCUCCACAGCCCUGAGAAAUCAGCCUUACAGGCCCUGGGGGACUGAGAUCGGGGCCUUCUGAACUCUUGUGAUCAUCAGAACCGGAAGGCAACAACUUAGAUCCCCGCCAACCUGCCUCCCCCCAAUCUGCCUCCCCCCAACCCGCCUCCCCCCAACCCGCCUUUUAUCAUGAAUAAUUAAUGUUAAAUGUUGUUGUGAGCCCAGGUAUGGCCUCCAAGGUAGGAAAGGACUGACUAUUGUUUCAUGACCACAAAACUGAUUUCAUUUGGUUUAUUAUCAGAGUGCACUAAGAAGGAUUUUGGGGUAUUUGUAGGUCAAAUAUAAUAUUGUAAAAAUAGAACUCCUGCAGCUUUGAAAGAGAACAAAUACACCUGCAAUGUAUCACAAAUAGAGUUAAACAUGAACUGGAUCUGCUAAUACAUUAGUUAUGUCUAUAUGGGAUUGUCGAACAUGCUUUAUAUAGAAAGCAACUUUGAAAAAAUGUAGUUUUGUAAUAUUUUUGUACCAAUAAACUGAGUUUGUAAGAA